GCCCCGCCCCGCCCCCAGGCUCCAGGCCCCCUACCCGCCCUCCGCCAGCCGAGAGCGCAGAGCCGGAGCAGGUCGCCGCGCGGGCUCGGUACCGGCCGCCACCCCCAGCUGCCGAGGGCGCCGCGCGGUUUCAGGAACCCCUGCUCGCUGCGUGGCCUUCUCCGGCCAGCUGUGCGGGCGGCUGGACAGCGGCGGCAGCGACAGCGAGGACUCGAGCGCGGGCGGCAGUCGCGACACCAUGGAUCUGUCUUUUAUGGCCGCCCAGCUCCCCAUGAUGGGAGGCGCCUUCAUGGACUCGCCCAACGAGGACUUCAGCACCGAGUACUCCCUCUUUAACUCCUCCCCCAACGUGCACGCGGCCUCCAACGGCCAAGGUCAGCCGGAGGAGCCGCCCAGGUCCUCCAACGACGCGGUCCUGCUCUGGAUCGCCAUCAUAGCGACACUGGGGAACAUCGUGGUGGUGGGAGUGGUGUACGCCUUCACCUUCUGAGCCGCGGGAGCUCCGGGCCGGCCCCUCUGCGCUGGACUCACUGAUGGCGCUGUCCCCGCUGGCCUGUGACCGCACCCAUGUUCUAGAACCAGGAGUUCUGACGGGAGCGCAGCCUCUCAAGCGGAGCGACCAUGCAUCCGGAAUUUCCCCCAAGCAGCCCCGAUUUCAAAACCCCCUGCUGUGGCUCUGCUGAUCCAGAAAGUGUGGAAGCUUGGGCAUCCGGCCCCUGGAGGCAUGACAAGGCAAAAUCUUCGAGGAACAGUUUGGAAAAUUCUUGAAACUGCAUUCCAGGAAUGUGAGAUCAGAGGGAACAGCCAAGUUUGGUUUAAAAUACAGAUGUGAUUAGAUGAUCCCUUGCUGGCACUAAAUCAUCACUUACGUGUCUUGUUUUUAGGCAAACAUAUUAAUAUCACACCUGGGGUGUGGGGUGCUGGGGCAAGGGCGGCCUUCAGGACCCGAGUGUUUCCACCCCAAUCUGGUUUCCCACUCGGCCCCUCGGAAUAUUGAUGGUGGCCCCUGGAACGGUCAUAGAAUAUUCCUCCUUUGACCUGGAAAUGAUGUCUGUGAUGCCAGAUACCUGGCCCCUUAUGGAACCCAAGGAUGGGGGAGUUCCUGGUGACGUGGAUCUCAGGGGUGGUAGUGGUGGUGAUUUUUAUCUGCUGGAUGGACUUUCUCGUCUUUGUAAAGAGAAGAGAAGGUGCCUUUAAAAAUAAGACCUGCCAGGUGGAUAAUUCUUCUGGAUACCCGCUCAAGAGGCUCUUUCUUCUCUGAGAAGUCAAGGAACUCUAGAGAUGAGGUCUGUGCAUCUAGUGAAUCAGUGGGUGGGAGAGAGAGGGGCGUGACUUGCCUGUGGUCCCAAAGUAUGGGACGGCAGGGGUCAGAGCAGGAGGGACAUUUCCUGACUGUGAUUCAAGGCUGUCUCUGCCCCACCUCAGCCCUUUCUGGAGCACAUUCCUGCCUUCUCAGCUGCCCUGGGUGGGGAGGGAGUAUCCAGAUGGUUCUGAAGCUGUGUGCAGGGUGGGCAGGGCGUUAAGAUACCCACGCUUUAGACUCCGCUAGGCUCCCGUGCACUCUUGCAGGUGUAAUUGUGGUCUGCCUGAGUCAGUUUCCUGAUAUGCUUAAAAAUCAGUGGCUGGGGAAUCCUGGCUAGCCUGGGAGCCCUCUCAUUAGGACCACAGGCCUGUUGGCCUUUGAGUGCACCCACAUGCUGGGGGAGACUCACACAGCAAAGGACUCGCUUUUCUUCCGUCCUUAGGAAAGUUCAUGGCAAAGCACCCCCAUCCCCAAGACAGCCCUCCCUGUCCCCCCAAGAGGAGGGGGAGCUAGGACACAGGCUGGUGUGCCCACAAGUCCAGAGUGGCUUUUUCCUUGCUUCCUCCCUGCAGUUGGACAAAAGGAAAUAGAUGGCAUAAACUCCCUCUCAGUGGCUGAGAAACUUCAAAGACUGGUAAAGAAGCCCUCGUGUGUAUUUGGGGACAAUUGUAAAAAUUGAAUUUGUCGCUGUGGUCUCAGGAGAAAAGGAAUGUUCUUGAUGACAGGUGAAGGGACAUCUUAAAUGUCUGGAGGCGGCCACUUGUGUCUGGGAGAUUGGCCCCGAGCUGCUGUGUUAAUGGGGUUAGCAGCCUGACCUCCAGAUGGCUUUGACCUUCACCUGACCUUCAGCUCAAGUGGCGGUCAUGAGCGCUGAGCGUUAGUAUGGCCUUUGGGGAUUGGGAGAAGGGAUGUGGCACCGCCUCCCUGGACUCUUUCUGGAACCGCUGAGCGGAGCGGGCCUCGCAGUCUGCGGGCAGGACCAGCUCUGAGGCAGCGCUGAGUGGUGGCCGUUUCGAGUGCAGCAUCUCAGUUGCUUCUCCGGUAGCCCCCUCUCUGUCAAGGCCUGGGCCCUGCCCCAUGAGCAGAUAGGUAGACACGUGUGUUCAUGAGCAAACCCAAGAGUGAGGCCCAGAGUCAGGGUGGGGAGGCAAGCUGUCUUCAUGGGGCUCAGUCCCGUCGAAACACCCCCAUUCUCUGCCUUCUGACCUCACAUCUCCUGGAAGCCUGCAGGCCUGUCCGAGGCAGGUAGCAGGUCCCUGUUCUCAAAUGGCCUAUGGGGGUGGCCCUGGGAGAGAAGGUUCUAUGUUUGGUAACGUGGGAUUGAGAGGGGAAGAGAGGAAAGGUUGACUUUUAGCUCUAUGGAGACCUCCAACCUCCCAGGGCAGCCCUGGGGGGGCCCAGGUUCACUAGGUGUUUCUGGGCACAGGAGUCUCCCCUAUGAAGGUUUUCUUUCCCCUGAUGUGAAUGUUAGUUAAAUUCAACUUUCAAGUCUCUCUCUCUUCUUAAUGUCAGGGCCAGAGAUGAUCAGGAGUUUCAGGGACCUUCUUGUCCAAACUGUGCAUCCAUAUGGAUCGCGGUGUCUUGUCCAGGGUCAGCCCAUCUCCAUCUGCUGCGGUUUUGUUUAUUUUUUUCCAGCUUCACUCAGAUAACAUCGUUGAUUGACGUGCCUGUUAAUUUUUCCAGCCAGAGUGCGCUGUCUUCUCCCUCUGGCCAAUGAAGGGGAUCUGUCUUGGAUGUUAAGUAAAGGCCAUAUUGCUUGAGUCUGUCCAAGCCUUGUGCCCUGUUAACAGGCACAGAUUUAAUCUUCACCAUUGCCCUUGGUGGCGCUAGUGGUAAAGAACCCACUUGCCAGUGCAGGAGACCUACGAGAUGGUGGGUUCAAUUCCUGGGUCAGGAAGAUCCCCUGCAAGACGGCAUGGCAACUCACUCCAGUAUUCUUGCCUGAAGAAUCCCAUGGACAGAGGAGCCUGGCAGGCUAUAGUGCCUGGGGUUGCAAAGAGUCAGACACGACUGAGUGACUGAGCAUGCGGGCAUUACUCUAGAGCAUCAUUGCUCCCAUGCGCAGAUAAGGGACCAGAAGCUCAGAGGAGUGGAAUAACUUGCCUGAGGCCACAGCAGCAAAGUGACGAUCAGGAUGAACCUGAACUAUCUGGUCCCAAAGCCAGGCUCUUUCUGGAACGCCAUGCUGCCUUCACUGGCUGCGUGGCGUCUCCGGGCACCUUUAAACCAGGCCCUGAGUCUCUGGAGGUCAUUUCCUGAGGUCCCACAUCAUGGCGUGGCCCGGCUGGCUCUGACCUCUGCAGGUGGAAGUGUCUGACCAUCCUGCGCUGGGACAUGCUCAGCCUUCUUGGGGAAGGGGUCCCUGUUGCCUGCCCACCUCUUUAAGUUGAACUCAAGUCUCUUUCCUUGGCCAGAGAAGUGCCCAGAGACCAGCGUUCUCAGGACACACGCAGAAGGGCCCUGACUCAGAGCCCCACAGGAGGGUCCACACGAGGAGGGGCUCAGACAACCAAAAUCGAUAAGGACAGUCCUGGGAUGGUUGGCGCUGCAGGCUGGGCCCCAACCUUGGGCUCAGGCCUUCCUCUGAGCGCCAAGACUCUCCUGAGCAAGGGGGAUGGAUGCUCCUCCCUUGGACCCCAGCCUGGGGCUCCUGUUCUGGCUUCUCCUGGGCGAGGUUGGCCCCUGAGCCCACCCUGGCUUGACAGGCCCAUGCUGAGGAAGGAGGGACUUGCCUCUUUUGUGGCUACUCCUAGGAGAAGGCAUCCCACCUUUUCUGGAAUGUUCUCUGUAUUUGCCCCUCCCCGUGCCCCUCCAUUUCCCCUCCGCAAGCUGUGAGCAUCCCACAUCCCACACCUGUGUGUGUUUCCAUUUUACUGCACACAGCAACACUUGCUUUAGGAGGGCAGGAGUUGCAGUCCCUGGAGCUUUGGAGGAACGGCCAGGCCAGAGGACCCUGGAGCCGGGUGUGUCCCCAGGGGAUUCGUAGGCCCCGGGGCAGACGAUCGCUCUGCGGGCUCCCGCUCUGUCAUCGCUGCCCUUUCCAUGGGUCCAAGGUCAAGAGGCAAAUGAGGCUCCCUUGGCCCCAUCUGCCCAUCUACCCCCCCAGAGAAAGAAGCUCGUAUCUCCUUUAGGGAGUCCCCUGGGAUCCAAGGGGAGAACUGGCUAGUAAGUACCGCUGGGCUCGAGAGACAACAGGUCACUCUCCAACUUGUACUAAAUGGAAGGCCUGGCCGCCUGCCAGCCCACUAGCAUCCCUUGGAAGCUGUCCUUGGAGACUGGAGAGACUUGGCUGUUGUCUGCACUGCUGCCCGACUCCUUCCAGACACACGGUCCCCUCCUCCUGCAGGAAGCUGACCUUCUCUCCUUAUUAGUAGUGAUGCCACUAACCGUGAUUGUCCUUCCUGCUGUCAGCCUACGCACCUUCCUUGUGCUGUGAGCCAUAUCUCAUUUACUUCUCAAAUCACCCCUCGGCAGGAGUGAGGGUGCAGAGAGGUGCACGGGGAUUACUGUCACUUUUUUUGUAGAUGGAGCUGAGGCCAGGCUGUGUGGAUCAGGAGCUGUGAUUCAGACUGUAGGCGCACUGGUUACCUCGCGUCUCCCCGCAUCCACACCCUCUGUGAUGAGCCCUCUGGGAUGGGAGCAACCUCGGACGGACUUCUGAGGCUGGGCUCUGCUGGUCCUAGAGCAUGGAUUUUGAUGGAAGUCCUAGAAAGGGGCAGACAACCAUGCGCAGGUAUUUGUCAGUCUCAGAACCUCGCAGCAGCAAGAGGCCUUAGAGAGUGUUUAAUCGGGACUUUCGGGAGGUCAGCUGGGGCCAGGCUGUAAGUUAAUGGAGAGCUGACAGGCCCCUGGAUGGAUGCCAGGCUGGGGGUGUUGUGCAUCUGCCCGGGAUCACUGAGGGAUCCCAGAUUGCCUGACCCCAGCCUUCGAAUGGGCAUCCAUCGUGUUCUCAGCCAGCUGUCAUCUGGCCCCCUUUGCCCCUUUGACUAUCCUCUGGGGCUGCUAUCAUGGCUCAGAUGGUAAAGAGUCUGCCUGCAAUGUGGGAGACCCGGGUUUGAUCCCUGGGUCAGAAGGAUCCCCUGGAGAAGGAAAUGGCAUCCCACUCCAGUGUUGCCUGAGAAAUCCCAUAGACAGAGGAGCCUGGUGGGCUACAGUCUAAACAACAGCAAUAGCUGCCAAAGCCAACUCUGGCACUUAAGGCACAUCAGCCUGUAAACAUGUCUGGAAGGGUCUGGAUGGCCUGGACAUUGAUCUUCUGGACUGUAUCCAGGGCCAGUCCCUCCCUUUGAGCAACCCACCUCCCCAACACCUCCCCCCGCCCCCCUUCACCGAGUCUCAGGAGCAAAAGCCUUUACAAAUGGAAGGAGAAGCUCUGAUCCCUGGAGUGCAAACACGUGGCAUCUUCCUGGGCAGUAAAGCAGGGCCGGGGUAUUAGUCACUCUUCUGAGAAUUUUGUCCCUGAGCACUAGAAGCUCUGAAACAGCCAUACCCCACCCCCCAUUAACUGGGAAAUUCUGUAUCUGGGUCUGCCCCAAAAAAUAAAUAUGGAGGAUCCCAUGGAAAGGGGAGCUUGGUGUGCCAUAGUCCAUGGGGUUGAAAAGGGUCAGACAUGACAGCAGCUAACACAGACACACACACACACACACACACACACACACACACAGCAAGUCCUGGAUGCACUGGACUGCCCUGAUGGAGACGCCUUCGGAGUUGCGCCCCUGGCCCAAGGGAGCAGCGGGAGCCUGGAUGUCCCGUGAGCGCCCGCCCUGCCCCGCCUGCCCCACGGGGCCCUGGUCCUGGUCAGCAGUGAGCGGGUGGAGGACAGCCAGGGGACGGAGCCCGGGGAGCGCAGGGGGCUGGAGUCGAAAAUCUCCAAGUGGGAAAAGAAGCCCCUCCAAGAAACCCAGGAAAUCAGAAUGCAGCGGUGGCCGGGUGUCCCCAGCAAGUCGCUUCUGGAGGUCAGACCUUGGGCAUUUUCUUGCCCUUUUUUGGAUGGGAGGAUGGACGUGGGCAGGGGCAAAGCAGUGCAGACCACAGUGAGUACAGGGAGGAACGUUCCUCCCAGAGUGAGAAGACAACAGCUACUGGAACUGCAAUGAAAUGAAUGGUCAAGCGUACCUGAAACUGACUAUGUAAAUUUUGGAAUAUAAGUCUGCAUGGCUUGCUCUGAGUCAUGGUAAAAGUCAUACAUUUUUUGUCAAGAUAGAGAAUAAAGGCAGAGAAAGCCCUUGGAGAGGUUGGUCGGGCUGCCCAGUUCCCAGGAUGUGCGGGCCCCUGCUUUUGUGCCUGCCCUGGACAACUCGUGCCUUCCCAGACCUCUCCAGCCAGCUGUCUGAUGAAGCCUUUCAUCUACUCCUGGGCCCUUUUGCAAGCUGAUUUCCUGCCUUCCCAGGAGGAGGUUUGAGACACCUGCUGUCUUGGGAAGAAGUCCUGACAGAUGUAUGACGCACAUCCAAAGGGAAUUCGUGACUACUGGGGGGAUGCAGAGCCAUCCCCGCCACCGAGUCCCCUCCACGUGGUGAGUGGCCACCAGCGGCCUCAGUGUCAGUUUCAUCAGCUCUCUCUCCCCCAAUGUCAUUGUGAACCAGAGAAUCACCGCAUGUAUAGUUUAAAGAGCGGCAGAGGAUGGGAUGGUUAGAUAGCAUCACUGACUCAGUGGACAGGCAUUUGAGUAAACUCCAGGAGAUAGUGAAGGACAGGGGAGCCUGGCAUGCUACUGUCUGUGGGGUCGCAAAGAGUCAAGACACGACUGAGUGACUGAACACCACCAUCAACGUAGUUUAAAGUAUUGUCCCGGCAAUCCAGAUGGUCCUGACCUGGGCUCUGUGAGCUGGCAGGAAGGGACUUCCAAAAUUUCACACUUUCCUCCAGGAAAUCAAGUCCCCCAGAGGCUUGUAGCAUUGCCAGGUCACCUUGGUGAGCAGGAGAGUGGGGUCUGGAGCCCAGGGCUUCUAUCUAUGAAGCUUCUCAACCACUAGGACCAUGGUUCUCAUCUGGGGGCCAUUUCAUCUCCCAAAGGACCGUUGGCAAUGUCUGGAGACAGUUUUGAUUUUCAUGACACCGGGGGUGUGCUCUGAUAGCACCUAGUGGGUGGAAGCCAGGGAUGCCGCUGACCAGCCCCCCAAGUGCCAAUCAUGCUGAGGUUGGGAAACCCAGCACUGGACCAUGCCGUCUCUAGUUCCCAGACUAUGGGAAUCUUCCAAAGCGCCUCUUUCCCCGACUGCGAGUCAUUGAGUAAAUCAAAGGUCUUCUGAGCUACAGAAGUGAUCAGGGUUGCUGCCUCAAGUUAAAAAAAUUCCAGUUGGAAGGCAGCGAAUUGGAAUCUAGCAAGUUGUUUGAAAAUCCACGUCCUCUCCUUUUCCAUUGUCUCGGGCUUCCGUGGGGAGUCACCCUCGAUGGAGAACUCUACGAAGUGGAUACGACAGUAGGUCUGAACUUGUCCCGUGUUCCCCCUGAGCCAGUAACUGAGUCUCAGGACCGUGAGGCACCCGACCCCUGGUCAGUGUAUCUGAGAGAUGCUUCUUGGGGAAAAUCUUAGAAGGGGUGGAGAUGGGGGAGCUGGCUAACAGCCUUUGGACAAAUCCACAUCCUCUCUUGUUUCUGACCUUUUCUCACCCUAUUUCCCCCAGUUGAAAACAUACUAACACUCUUUCUACUGUUUAAAGUUUCUACUAUUUAAAGUUUUAAACCUUAUUCUUGGAACUAGCCACCGUCCAGAUGCCAAUUCUUCAUGCCGAGAAAAUCGGAAAUAUUUCUCUGUCUUACUAAUGUUUUCCUAUUCAACUUGUACUUGUAAGUAGUUUGCUUAAUAAAAAGGUAUUUUAACUAUUCUCUUAGUCCUUUGCUACUGAAGCCCCCAGGCUUCACAAUGGGAUCCCUAACUUUUACUACAGUGAAAAGGCUAUUUCUUAAUGUAAGGUUUCAAUGUGCUCUUUUGAUUCAAAACCUAUAACCUUAAUGGAUGUAAAAAAUGUGGCCAUGUGGAAUCGUGUCCCUUUGACCGUUGGCACUGUUGCUGUUGUUGUCAUUUUCUAUUAUGAUCAUUAAAACAAGAAAAGGAAACA